GAACAACAUCUUCUCUCUAUAUCUACUCUUCUCAUUCAUCCCAAAACAUCUUCUCUCACACUAUACAAAACAUCCCAGUAUCACAGAAAACAAUUAGACGUUUACAGCUUCACUCCAUCAUGUCCCUCAACGACCCCGCGGCGGCGGCGGCAGCUGCUUCUUCCUCUGCCAUUCCUCUCGAAGAGGUUCAAGUUGAUUUGACAAAACUCAAUGCUCUCAGUCCGGAAGUCAUCAGUAAACAAGCUACCAUCAACAUCGGAACGAUUGGUCAUGUCGCGCACGGUAAAUCAUCUACUGUCAAAGCAUUGUCAGGAGUCCAGACGGUUCGAUUCAAGAAUGAGCUCGAGAGGAAUAUCACCAUCAAGUUAGGGUAUGCAAAUGCCAAAAUAUUCAAAUGCCAAAACCCAAAAUGUCCCCCACCAUCAUGUUACCGUUCCUACCCCUCUAGCGCAGAAGCUAGCCCAAAAUGUACUCGGCCAGGCUGCGACGGUCGAAUGACGUUGAUCAGACACGUCUCAUUUGUCGAUUGCCCAGGUCACGACAUUCUCAUGGCUACCAUGUUGACCGGUGCCGCCGUCAUGAACGGCGCCUUGCUUCUUAUUGCAGGAAACGAAUCAUGUCCUCAACCUCAAACCGGGGAACAUCUUGCUGCCCUUGAGAUUAUCGGUGUGGACCCACACAAUAUCGUCAUUCUGCAAAAUAAGAUGGACUUGGUACGUGAAAGCGAAGCGGUGGAACAUUGCGACAGCAUAAAGCGGUUUGUCGAGGGUACAACAGCAAGAUUAGCACCGAUAAUUCCCGUCUCCGCCCAAUUGCGGUUCAACAUCGACGCAGUGGUUGAGGCUAUCAGUAAAAUCGCUCCUCCGAAUUACGACUUUUCCGCCGAUCCAAGAAUGGUGGUCAUUCGGUCAUUCGACGUCAACAAACCUGGUGCGAGUGUGGAGGAGCUCAAAGGUGGUGUAGCGGGUGGUUCUAUCCUGCAAGGAGUGUUCAAAGUCGGACAAGAAGUGGAAAUCCGACCCGGUCUUAUCACUCGAGACGCUAAUGGUGUCUGUACCUGUCGACCUCUUCAUUCCCGUAUUAUCUCCCUCCAUGCAGAGCAAAACCAUCUUCAAUUCGCCGUGCCUGGUGGUCUGAUCGGUGUGGGUACUCUGGUGGAUCCAGCGUUGUGCAGAGCGGAUAGAUUGUUAGGAAUGGUCAUGUCUGCCGUUGGAAGAGGUCCAAGUAUAUACACUGAGAUCAAAGCGGAGGUCUUCCUAUUACGUAGAUUGUUAGGUGUCAAAACGGAUGAUUCGAAAAAGGCCAAAGUUUCAAAACUCGUCGUCGGUGAAACACUAUUCGUCAACAUUGGAGCAUCUCAAACCGGUGGUAGAAUAAUGGCUGUCAAAGGUGGUGAUGUCACCAUCGCUUUGACCACUCCUGCAUGUUGUGAAAAAGGAGAGAAGAUAGCUUUGAGUAGGAGGAUUGAUAAACAUUGGAGAUUGAUCGGUUGGGGCAAAGUGAAGAGUGGUGGUACUUUGGCCGAUGUGGUAGAGUGAUUAAGAGUAGUCACUGGUCGUAUUGGUGUUAGUUGCAUAUGCAUUUCAAAAGGUCUCUCCACCUAUUUCUCCUUUUC